AUGAGCUUGCCAGCGUCGGCAACCAUACCUCUAUCAUGUAAAGUGUGCACCAGACGCAGCGACUACUCUGAUCUUUCGCAUCUACUCACCCACAUUGCCAGCAAAGCUCACCUUAGCAACUACUACAAUUUGAAGCUCAAAAGCGGUCACGAUGCCGAAGCCCAGCGGACCAUUGAUGAGUACGACGACUGGUAUGACGAGUGGGGCUUUCAGGAUAUGAUGCAGGAGAGAAUGGCCCAGAAGGAGAUCAAGAAGGAAUCGAACAAGGAAACGAACGGUGGUGGCGGUGGAAGUGGUGCGUCGGUGCGGAGAGGGUCGACUCCUGGCCUUGCAAUGGCGUCCGUCCGCGGUACACCAGCACCAGCAAGCGGAAGCCGAAGACAGAGUCGUCUGCGUAGUAGAACGAUGCAGCACGUGGACCCGUCUCUCCGCCCCAAUACCCGGCUGGCUCAGCAUCCUCGGUCUCGUCCCCAGUCUCGUCCCGAUACGCCCGUGGACACCUUCUCCCAAGACACCGACUAUAGUCGGGCCAACAGCGCUGCACUCCCACCAGUACAGAACUUCUCGUUUUCUGGCUCCCGCUCGCCCAUCAAGCAGGAGAGUAUAUCGAGCGAGUACUCCGAUGGGUCUUAUGAGGUCCCUCAGGUGAAGACACGUCGUCGUCGUCGCGCCCAAGCCCACCUGAUGAGCGGUUCUAAUGCGUCGAUCAAUGACGACAACGCCAUUGAAGAGCUCGUCAACGACAACACGAAGCUGAAAGGCAUUGUCUGGCCAGGCAUGGAUCUGUUCGACUCGGCUACGCCUGACAUGAAGCGGAAGCGCAACCAGAAGAAGCACGGGUCUGUCCUGCUGCUGUUGCAAGCAACCAGUGAGGAGACCGACCCGUUGGAGAUGGUCUUCCGAGGCGGGAGCCUCCAGGUGCAACGCACCAUAACCGGCAACCCAGAGUCGGAUGACAAUUUGAUCUCGGGCGAGUCUGAACCGGAACCCGACGCGACAGAGAAGAAGCCGGCUCGCCGUCGUGCUCGGGCUCCCCUCGCCGACAAGAACACCAACAACGGACGCGUUCUGCGCAAAAGUGAGCGUGGAGGUACUCGCACACGUCAAUCGGGUCGUCCCAUCAAGGUCCAACAGCGUGAUCCGGAGGAAGACGAAGAUGAUGCGGUGACAUAUCGUCAAGAGAAGAAGCGUCGCACGGGGUUGAGCAUUCAUCGCGAUAACAGUGGUCCGGAUAUCACCUUUGGCCCGCAGUCAUCCUCGAUGAAUGUCCUCACCUCUGCAUUUGACAAUCCAAGUAGGUCGAAUUCGCUCCGCCGAUCGACACCAGUUCCAAUAGAUUUUGGCCCGAAUAGCCCACUGAAUGUCCCACUGAAUGUCGACACCUACACCCCUCGGACCCACUAUCGUCAGCAGUCGAAUUCUUGGGGUCAACUCAACGCUGGCUUUCGUCCGAUUGGGUUCGGCGGACACAACAUGCCGUCGAUAAGCACAAACAACUUCGGACAGUACAACAGCCAUGUGGCGACAGCGCCCCAGCACCACUCGACGUUGGCAUCCCAGCAACAUUUUGGCCAGAGCUAUGCCGUAUCUCACAACGACAAUCCUCUUUUCCAGCCGCACCCAAGCAACAACGACUUGUUGGAGUACAGCAUGUUUGGAUUCGAUGCUCCUGAUCUCGGCAUCCCGGACAUGACCUUUCAAGGCGCCGGCGAGAUCCCCAAUCCGCUGUUCCUCGGCGGCAAGAGCGAUGAUGAGGAAACUGUCUCUGCUGCGAACAGCGAGCACUGA